AAACAUUGGUGUGCCCCCAAACGGCUAAGGAAGCUACUCAACUCAAUAGCCACCGAGCAAGCUGUGGAGAUAGUAGACAGAGAGACAGAAGAUCGAGAGCGAUGGGUCUCAAGUCGUUCGUGGAGGUCUCGGCCGAUUCCCACUUCCCGUUGGAAAACUUGCCUUACGGCGUCUUCCGACCGAAAACGGCGGGCGGUGGCGAUCCUUCUACGGGAGUGGCCAUCGGUGAUUAUGUUCUCGAUCUAUCCGCCAUUGCCGCCGCGGGACUCUUCGACGGGCCCUUGCUCAAGAAGUCCCAAUGCUUCAACCAGCCUUCUCUUAAUUUGUUCUUGGAGAUGGGUCGGCCUGCAUGGAAGGAGGCACGUGCAACCAUCCAGAAGCUCUUGUCUGAUGAUGAGCCAACCCUACGUGACAAUAUAAGUUUGAGGAAGAAAUCCCUCCUACCAAGCAAUGAGGUGGAGAUGCUUCUACCAGUUGUAAUUGGAGACUACACAGAUUUUUUCUGCUCCAUGUAUCAUACUAGAAACUGUGGUAUCAUAUUUCGAGGACCGGACAAUCCUAUUAUGCCCAACUGGUUUCACCUUCCUGUUGCUUAUCAUGGACGGGCUUCAUCUGUAGUUAUUUCCGGGACAAAUAUUAUUCGUCCAAGAGGCCAAGGUCAUCCAAUAGGCAGCUCAUCGCCUUAUUUUGGGCCUACAAAGAAACUGGAUUUUGAACUUGAAAUGGCUGCUAUUGUUGGUCCAGGCAAUCAGUUAGGCAAAAAUAUUGAUGUUAGCGAGGCAUAUGACCACAUUUUUGGACUUGUGCUUAUGAAUGACUGGAGUGCCAGGGAUAUCCAAGCAUGGGAGUAUGUCCCCCUCGGGCCUUUUCUUGGAAAGAGUACAACAAUAUCUCCCUGGAUUGUGACCCUUGAUGCUCUAGAACCUUUUGCCUGUGAUCCACCAAAGCAGGAUCCUCAGCCGUUGUCAUAUUUAGCUGAAAAGAAGCAUAUAAAUUAUGACAUUCCUCUGGAGGUCUUGUUCAAACCGGCAGGGCAAGAACAAGCAUCAGUCAUUACAAAGAGUAACUUUAAACAUCUAUACUGGACAAUCACGCAGCAGCUUGCGCACCACACCAUAAAUGGCUGCAAUUUAAGAUCUGGUGAUCUUCUUGGCACUGGCACAAUAAGCGGACCUGAAAAUGACUCGCUUGGCUGCUUGCUAGAGAUAACGUGGAAUGGACAAAACCAACUUAGCUUAAAUGGCUCAGCUCGGACUUUCUUGGAAGAUGGUGAUGAAAUCAUUAUUACUGGGUGCUGUGAGGGGCCAGACUACAAAGUAGGGUUCGGCACGUGCACUGGUAAAAUAAUCCCAGCAAUUCUCGAGGAUAAAUGAUGUCAAAGCCCUUCUCAGUUCUCUUCUCUUGCUUGCUUCUCAGCGCAGAGAGGUUUUUAAUCCCACCAUCUCUUGUCAUUUAAUAAAUAGCUUGCAUUAUGUUUAUUGCUUUUCAUUCCGACACUCCAAAAAUGUGAGGAAAAUAGUUCAUUCACAUAAGUUUGAGCAUGGCUUGAUGGAGACGACUUAUUAAUGAAAUAACCCAUUUUAUUCUCAAGAAAUAACACAAUUUAGCAAAAAUAUAUGUCGGUAACUUGUUUGAU